UGUAAUUAUUUAACUACUGACACCAACUUUAAUCUAUAAUCUUCAUCCCAGUCCUGAAUGAUUGCACAUGUCUAAGAUUAUUUGAUGACUUCUGUGUGUAUUUUGUUUUUUUAAUGCUAUAAACAGCCAAAUGUUUCAACAUCUGGAUUACAAACAUGUCUAACAUGCCAAUAUUAUAUUUAAGGUAAAGUCUCUUUAAAUUUGCUGUUUCCUCCCCAGAAGCUGAAGGCUUUGGUGUUAAUCAGACAAACAGAAACUAGCUUGAGUUCAAAAGGAAACCUUGUCAAGCUUCACGUUUUUUUUUUUCUUCAAUGAGUUGAAAUGUUGUGUGAUUACACCCACAGGCAGCAGAUGUUGUUUCUCCGUUUUCCUUCUCAUGUCUUCUUCUUCUUCUUUUUCAUCCCCCCUCGUCUUGAUACCAGCCCCCUUAUGGGUCUGGUCCUAUUCGAAAGCCUCACAAGAAUCCCUCACCUUUCCAUACGGACGUUCCUGGAAGACCUUCCUGCGCGUCCUAAAAAGAAAUCUCUUGGUGAUAUUUUAAUCCGCAAUCGGUUGUUUUCACUCAGAUAUUCGUUCGGUUUUGACGUCUGAACGGAUUUUCUACUAUAAAAUGUGCUAAGAAGUUGCGACAAGGUGGUAGCACUAAGCUAUCGCUGGGUGCGCGAGGCGAGCUGUUCACGUCGCGCGCACGGACUCGGAUCGGCGCGAGAUGCCUCACGAGCUGUCCGAAUUGAGGAAUUUAAAAAUUUAAACUCGGAUUAUUAACGGAAUCUAACGGAAUCUGACACUUCCGUUAAAACGAAGCGAAAAUGAGCCGAUGGCGUGAACGGAUAUUUUAAAUGUUGAUCUUUAAACAGAAAACAAACAAACAAACCAAAAAAACAACCUUAAAUUCUUCAGGUGAUCUUCAGUUUGACGAAUUCUUACAAGUGGAAACUUUGCUCGUGGGAAUCAAUGCGGUUUGUGUCGAAAGGACGUGCGGUCCGAAAGUCACCUAAACGGUAAGAUUCUGAGCUUCUCUGCUUGUACGUGUUCACCGUGGGACACAUCACGUUUGGCUAGGACUGAAUGAGAGUUCGGGUUCAGGCGGGUGUUUCUCUUCACACAUCAUCCCCUAACUGCUAGUAGACUCCAGAGACAGCCAAAUGGAAGACAGGCAGAGAGAUAGAGAGAGAGAUGAAGAGAGAGAGAGAGGCAUUGGGUCAGAGCUGAUACGUCUUGGGAGUGAUGCACUGGCUUUCCCUGGUUGCCAUGGUGAUUGCCUCGGCCCUGUUCUUCCCUCAACCCAGUGUGCCCAGGCUUGUUGCUGCGACAAUGGAGCCUGGCAACAACUUCAGCACCAGAUCACCGGUAAACCCAAUCUCCAAAUACAGCGAUUCUCACACGGAAUAUAUGUCAAGCGAUAAAAAAGCAGCAAAAAAAUUACCUCACAGGACGGCAGAUACCCACAUUCAAACCGAUCUCACAGUUAGCAACACAUCUUCAUUGAUAAAUGAGGACUUUGUGCCUGAAAGAAGGCAAUACAAGAAGGCAAAGCUAGGCAAGAUUGACCUCGGGUUGCAAACUUCAAGCAAACUUCAAGAACGUCACAUUUCCAAUGAGAACCACAUACUUAGGGACUUUAAAUCAAGAGAUGGUCAAUUUCAGGAGGAUGGCAAGGUAGAAACUCAGAUUGAAGCAGACAGGACUAAAGACAUUGGGUUGAAUAGAAAAAACGAGGAGGUGUCCAUGGAAAGAUUUAAAGAGUGGCCAAGGGACCUGCACCCUACAGACAAGCCUACAAUCAAGGAGGAUCUGAGGGAGCUGACUGAUGGAACAAGAGGAAACACAUUAACCACAAUGCCCACGGUGUCCCCCGAGGGCUUAGGAUUGGGCUUAGAUGGACUCUUACAGGUGGACGAUGAUCUUUUGCUGCUGGACACAAACCCUCGAGUGCUGUUUUCCACUUCCCCUUCGCCUCCCAAACAUCCUCCUUUGCAGAUAAUGCUGGAAUUGGGGCUCAUGCCCGAGCAACGUGAAGAACAUGAAGUGGAUGACAAGGAGUUAAAGAAGGGCAAAGAUGGAGAAUCCUACAGGAACCUCCUGCUGGAUUUAUCAGACUCAUCAGAGCAUGCAACUCCAUCCCCACACCGUAGAAAGAGGCAGCUUGCACACACGCCCAUCGAGCGCUCGGUUUGCGAGUCUACAAGCAGCUGGGUAAUGGACCGGCGAACGGCUUUUGACUUGCACAUGCAAAACGUCACCGUACUGGAGAAGUUUCCUACCAAGAAGGGCAUGAUGACUCAGUACUUCUACGAGACCCGGUGUCGCGGGCCGGAUCACCGCGGAGUGCGUGCCGGGGAGCAUGGAGUAGCUGGAGCUGGCUGCCUUGGUGUGGACAAACGCCACUGGGUGAGCGAGUGUCAGACCAAGCAGUCAUACGUGAGAGCAUUCACAUCGGACAACAUCAGGGGAACAGGAUGGAGGUGGAUCCGCAUUGACACAUCCUGCGUAUGCGUGUUGUACUCGAGGACACAAAGGAACCGAGCCUCAACCACACGUCAGGGGACGAGAUGAGUGUAAGACGGAGAACAAUCAAGCAAUAUACACUCACCUUUUUAUGGUCUUGCUAACAGGUACAAAGUGCCUUAUAGCUCAUUACGUGGACUGUAGCCUAUCACAUCUACUACAUCCAUCAGUGUAAAGGGAUCGGCAUGAAAGCAAGUGUUUGUUAGAUAUUUCUGUGGUUUUGACGUGGGAGUGUGAGUGGUGCAGGUAUGAGUGGAUAAGCUGCAGCAGCGACGUUGGUGUUCUUCUUGUUGUUGGGGGUUUAAUCACCGCAUAAUCUCUGCUGGGAUAAAAAAAGUGUCUGUUAUCUAAAAAUCUUGUUAUCCAACUACAGUUUCAGCAAACUGAAACCGGUAAAGGAUGGAGGUUGAUAAACUUAUACUGUACAUGGAAUGUGUGGGCUCUAGUCCUUAUCUACAUCUACAUGGUGAGGUCUGUGUAAAUCUGUGUAUGUGCAUCAUGUGUAUGGGUUUAGUUUAUGGGGUUACAAGUGACCUUUGCAUCAUGCACUCCGCUGUGCCGUUGUACAUGAUAAGCAAUGGGUUUACCUGCAGUUCAACUCUGUAGUGGAUUUGUACCUGUCACACUGGCAGCCAUUUUGCACCCUCAUUGAAAUCGCUCUAUACUGGUCUUUUGUUUCUACUUUGCUCCGGUGUAACGUAAUACUGACACAACAAGACAAAUUGAAAACAACCUGUCAAAAAAGAACUGCUGUAGUGAAUCGUAUUGCAUUACAGUCUGUAAUGUUGGAAUGAACCUAAAACGAUCUUGCUCUUGAUAUCUGCUGCCUAGUUUUAAAAGCUUAAAGGGCUUAAAAAUCCCGAGUCUCACUCACACCACCACCUCUCACACCUAUUGGUAGUCUUCAUAUGGCUUUGCUUCUCGUUUGCGUAAACUUUGUUGUGUAACCUGCCCUGAACACUUACACCAGUA